GUGCUACUGAUCUGGUCCAACCAUGGAGCACGAAAGAACAUAGGACCAGACAUGGUUAGAGAUCCCUUCAUGUGAAUUCACAUCAGCACAACAUUUCAAACACAUAAAAUCAAGAGGAACUGCAGCUUUUUAUGAGACUGGGACAGAAGGAUGGCUGCAACACCAAGCUAGCAAUGCUGAGCCUGGUGGCAUCACAUGAAGUGGAUGGAGAGCAAGACGAUAUCUCCAAUCGGUAUUUACACCACACCAUCACCAAGCAUCCCAUUAAAAAUGUGAUUGGGGUGGGGCGAUCCCUCCCUUAAACGUGAUAUUCACGGGCGUGGGCUCUUCAGCCAACCAGGCACUGCUCGGUUCUCAACAAGCACCCCAUUAUGCCAGCCACCCUAGAGGAGUUGCUGGGCCUCAUCGAGCCUGCACCUCCGAGCCCUUCCGUCUUCCUCGACCAUCCAUCAAUGACACAUGGUGACUCAGAGCUGCCUCAGGAUGAUCAAACCCUGGCAAACAUCUCACGCAUACUUAUGGAGGAAGACAUUGUCGACAAGUUCCUCUACCAGUACUCUGACCAUCUGAAGCUCCAGCAGGCCGAGCAGCCAUUCGCCCAGAUCCUCUCCGGUGCUGCCACCACGUCAUCCAAUGCCCAGGAAUCCUCAGCACCCGACACACUUGCCUUGACCGUGCUACCUAGCAAAGGCAACAACAUGGACGACAAGGUUUGCAGGUUCUUUUCUCGCGAGGUACAAGAUCCAACCUUCUACUUGAAUGGUAGUUGUGUGGUGGAGCCCAACAAUAUGGUGUUCCCCGGAGAGGGCAGCACCAGCAUGGACAUGCUGUCGAGUCUGGCAUUCUUGAAAGGCAUGGAGGAGGCCAACAUGUUCUUGCCCACAGACAACGCGGUGGUGGAUGGUAGGGGGCGUAAGAACAAGUUUAGCAUGAGUGGUGAGAUGGAGGCGGACUUGGGGAGGAGAAGCAAGCAAAUAGUGGUGCUGGUGCAUACUGACACCGAUGAGGAAGCCAUCGCGCUCGAGAAGUUGGACCGGCUCAUCCUCAAUGGCUACGACAAGUACCUCAAUAAUAUGCAGGAGGUAGUACGUGUCACUUUGGAUAAGGAGAACAAGGCAGCACAGCUGAGCAUCUACAGGCGUGGGAGGCGCGGCAUCAGACAAUUGGCAGUGACUGACCUAGAAACACUGCUGAUCCACUGUGCGGAAGCAGUGGCCAGCAAUGACCGACGCGGUGCGCGCGAGCUGCUGCACAGGAUCAAGUGGCACUCCUCACCGGCAGGGGACGCGAGGCAGCGGCUGGCCCAUUACUUCUCCCAAGGGCUGGAGGGGCGGCUGGCAGGCACGGGGAGCCAGCUCUAUGGCGCACUCAUGGGGAAGCGCAUCUCUGUCGUGGAGCUCAUCAAGGGCUACCAUCUUUACAUGGCAGCCUGUUGUUCCCUCAAGGUGUCGUUGCUCUUUUCUAACAAGACCAUCUACACAUCCGUUGCAGGGAGGAGGAAACUGCAUAUUGUGCACUACGGCAUCAACACUGGGUUCCAGUGGCCAGAGUUGCUCCGGUGGCUGGCGGACAGGGAGGGCGGGCCACCAGAAGUGAGGAUCACUGGCAUUAACAACCCUCAGCCUGGGUUGCAUCCGGCUGAGCAAAUUGAGGAGGCAGGACGCCGGCUCAGCAAUUGCGCUCGCCAGUUUGGCGUGCCAUUCAAGUUCCGCGCCAUUGCAUCCAAGCCAGAGGCUGUCCGGGCCGAGGACCUCCAGAUUGAUCCCGAUGAGGUCCUCGUUGUGAACAGCGUAUUCUUUUUCAGGAUCUUGAUGGAUGAGAGCGUCACCUUUGACAAGGUAAGUCCAAGGGACAUGGUGCUCCAGACUAUCAGGAAGAUGAAGCCGGCCGUGUUCAUCCAAUCUGUUGUCAAUGGAGCGUACAGCGCGGCGUUCUUCAUGACACGGUUCCGCGAAGCGUUAUACUACUUCACGGCGCUUUUUGACGUGAUGGAGACCACCAUUCCACGGCACAAUGAAAAGAGACUGCUGGUGGAGCGGGACAUUCUUGCGCGGUCCGCCAUGAACAUGAUAGCCUGCGAAGGCGCAGACCGGGUGGAGCGCCCUCAGAACUACAGGGAAUGGCAGUCACGUAACCAGCGGGCAGGGCUGAGGCAGCUGCCCCUGGACCCUGAUAUUGUUCUGAUGCUCAAGGACAUAGUGAUGAAUGAGUACCACAAACAUUUCACCGUCAACGAGGAUCAUCGGUGGCUUCUGCAUGGAUGGAAAGGCAAGGUGCUCUGCGCCCACGCGACAUGGGCUGCUGAUGAUGCUAGUGGUUCUGAAUUGGCAUAGGUUAUCUACAGAGGUACCGGUACGCUCCGUUCGUGGUCUACGCUGCAGAAAGUGGAGAACCAAGUUUGUACACGGUUGGAGGACACGGCGAGGGAUAUUUUUUUCCCUACAUGGGUGGCAGCAUAAUCCACGGAUUGGGCCUUCGCCUUCACCUUAGUUGUUCUACAUUUGCUCAUGUUUGAUAUGUAAUUCGCUUUUUUUUAGCACUACAGAAUUUUGAGACUUUUUGAACGGCUGUGUGCAUCUUAGCUAUGCAG